GGUCCUCUUUCUGUAGAGAAGAUUGCGAAGUGUGUCAAGAUGAAGCAGGCACCGGAGACCCUCGGCAGCACGAACGGGAAGACCCAGAACUGUGAAGUGAAUCGUGAAUGUUCCGUGUUCCUCAGCAAAGCCCAGCUCUCGACCAGUCUACAGGAGGGGGUCAUGCAGAAGUUCAACGGCCACGACGCACUUCCCUUUAUCCCAUCCGAGAAGCUGAAGGACCUGACGUCCCGUGUAUUUAAUGGCGAGCCUGGUGCUCAUGAUGCCAGACUGCGCUUUGAGUCCCAGGAAGUGAAGGCGCUCGGGACGCCGCCCAGCACCACCCCCAUCAAAAACGGCUCUCCGGAGAUUAAGCUGAAGAUCACCAAAACGUACAUGAACGGGAAACCUCUCUUUGAAUCUUCGAUUUGCGGGGACGGCGCUGCUGCCGUGUCCCAGUCGGAAGAACACGGACAAAAACCGGAAAAUAAGGCCAGAAGGAACAGGAAGCGGAGCAUAAAGUACGACUCCUUGCUGGAGCACGGUCUUGUUGAAGCAGCGCUGGUGUCCAGGAUCUCGAGUCCUUCUGACAAAAAGGUUGCGGCUAAGAAAGAGUCCUGUCCAAAUACUGGCAGAGACAAAGACCACCUGUUGAAAUACAGUGUUGGCGACUUGGUGUGGUCCAAAGUGUCCGGUUACCCUUGGUGGCCGUGCAUGGUUUCCGCUGACCCACUCCUUCACAACUACACCAAACUUAAAGGUCAGAAAAAGAGUGCACGCCAGUAUCACGUACAAUUCUUUGGUGAUGCCCCAGAAAGAGCUUGGAUAUUUGAGAAGAGCCUUGUAGCUUUUGAAGGAGAAGGACAGUUUGAAAAAUUAUGCCAGGAAAGUGCCAAGCAGGCACCCACGAAAGCUGAGAAAAUUAAGCUGUUGAAACCUAUUUCAGGGAAAUUGAGGGCCCAGUGGGAAACGGGCAUCGUUCAAGCAGAAGAAGCUGCAAGCAUGUCUGUGGAGGAGCGGAAGGCCAAGUUCACUUUCCUCUACGUGGGGGAGCAGCUUCACCUCAACCCUCACGUAGCUAAGGAGGCAGGCAUUCCUGUGGAGGCUCCGCCUCUGGGACCCAUGGUAGAGCCCUCAGGAGUCCCCGAGGAAGCUGCUGCUGACCCCAAGUCCAUGCGAGAAGAGGGCGUUCCCAUCAAGAGAAGGCGGAGAGUGAAGCUGUCUAGCUCUGCCGAAAACCGAGCGGGUGACCCUGGGACAGUACAGAGUACUCCUCAAAAGAUGGCAGAGGCCGACCCCAAGAGAGGAGUCGGGUCUCCUCCUGGGAGGAAGAAGGCCACGGCCUCCGCUCCACGAAGCAGAAAGGGAGAUGCGGCAUCCCAGUUUCUGGUCUUCUGUCAGAAGCACAGGGAUGAGGUGGUCGCAGAGCACCCGGACGCCUCGGCCGAGGAGGUCAAAGAGCUGCUCGGCUCCCAGUGGGACAUGCUCAACGAGAAGCAGAAGGCGCGCUAUAACACCAAGUUUGCCCUCGUGGCCUCUCCCCAGUCUGAAGAAGACUCCGGUAACGUAAAUGGGAAAAAAAGAAACCAUACCAAGAGGACGCAGGACCCUCCUGAAGACGUUGAAAUCGAAGACGCACCCAGGAAAAGACUCAGGACCGACAAGCACGGUCUCCGGAAGAGAGAGACGGCGAGUGACAAGACGGCCCGAACAGGUUCUUGCAAGGCCAUGGAGGCCGCCACCUCGCUGAAGAGCCAGGCAGCAACGAAACACCUGUCUGACGCAUGCAAACCACUGAAGAAGCGAAAUCGGGCGUCUGCAGCAGCGUCGUGCGCUCCUUUUAGCAAAAGUUCAUCUCCUUCUGCGUCCCUAACUGAGAAUGAGAUGUCAGGCCGCAGGGACGCCCGCCACACGGGGCUGCCCUGGGCCUGCGACGAGGACGCCACGCCGAAGGGGCUGGCCUUGCUCGAGGCCACCCUCGUCCUCUGGCUCAUGACUUACCGAGUCUGUACCGAACACUGCCGGUGCCCGCACCGCCGGAAAGAGAGCGAGCCGCACACAGACGAGCGUCUUUACGUCCAGUCCUCCAUUGGCUGCAUCCAGCGCGGCGGAAAGGGGAGGCUUGGUGACCCAGGGGUCCCGCGUGUGGCCACGCUGGGACGACAGUUUAAUUCUUGUUCCCUGCCCCUCUUUAACCGUCUGCUAGGGAUUCACUCGUGUUUCGUGUGUAAGGAGAGCAAGACCGACGUCAGGCGCUGCGUCGUGUCGCAGUGCGGGAAGUUCUACCACGAAGCCUGUGUGAGGAAGUACCCUCUGACCGUGUUCGAGAGCCGAGGCUUCCGCUGCCCCCUGCACAGCUGCGUGACCUGCCACGCGUCCAACCCUUCCAACCCCAGGCCGUCGAAAGGGAAAAUGAUGCGGUGCGUCCGCUGCCCCGUCGCCUACCACGGAGGGGACGCUUGUCUGGCGGCCGGCUGCUCCGUGAUCGCUUCCCACAGCAUCAUCUGCACAAGCCAUUUCACUGCCCGCAAGGGGAAGAGGCAUCACGCUCACGUGAACGUGAGCUGGUGUUUCGUGUGCUCCAAAGGGGGAAGCCUGCUGUGCUGUGAGUCCUGCCCGGCGGCCUUCCACCCCGACUGCCUGAGCAUCGAGAUGCCCGACGGCAGCUGGUUCUGCAACGAGUGCCGAGCCGGGAAGAAGCUGCACUUCCAGGACGUCGUCUGGGUUAAACUGGGGAACUACAGAUGGUGGCCGGCAGAAGUUUGCCAUCCCAAAAAUGUUCCCCCAAAUAUUCAGAAAAUGAAGCACGAGAUUGGAGAAUUCCCUGUGUUUUUCUUUGGGUCUAAAGAUUAUUACUGGACGCAUCAGGCGCGAGUGUUCCCGUACAUGGAGGGGGACCGGGGCAGCCGCUACCAGGGGGUCAGAGGGAUCGGAAGAGUCUUCAAAAACGCACUGCAGGAAGCCGAAGCUCGUUUUCGUGAAAUCAAACUUCAAAGGGAAGCCAGAGAAACACAGGAGAGUGAGCGCAAGCCCCCGCCGUACAAGCACAUUAAGGUGAACAAGCCCUAUGGGAAAGUCCAGAUCCACACGGCCGACAUCUCUGAGAUCCCCAAGUGCAACUGUAAGCCCACCGACGAGAACCCCUGCGGCUUCGACUCGGAGUGUCUGAACCGGAUGCUGAUGUUCGAGUGCCACCCGCAGGUGUGCCCCGCGGGCGAGUACUGCCAGAAUCAGUGCUUCACCAAGCGCCAGUACCCCGAGACCAAGAUCAUCAAGACUGACGGCAAAGGGUGGGGCCUGGUCGCCAAGCGGGACAUCAGAAAGGGAGAGUUCGUGAAUGAGUACGUCGGUGAGCUGAUUGACGAGGAGGAGUGCAUGGCGAGGAUCAAACAUGCACACGAGAACGACAUCACACACUUCUACAUGCUCACCAUAGACAAGGACCGGAUAAUUGAUGCUGGCCCCAAAGGAAACUACUCCCGGUUCAUGAAUCACAGCUGCCAGCCCAACUGUGAGACCCUCAAGUGGACGGUGAACGGGGACACUCGCGUGGGCCUGUUUGCCGUGUGCGACAUCCCCGCAGGGACGGAGCUGACCUUUAACUACAACCUCGACUGUUUGGGUAACGAGAAGACAGUCUGUCGGUGUGGGGCCUCCAACUGCAGCGGGUUCCUUGGGGACAGACCAAAGACCUCGACGUCCCUUUCUUCAGAGGAAAAGGGCAAAAAGAGCAAGAAAAGAACGAGGAGGCGGAGAACCAGAGGCGAAGGGAAGAAGGAGUCCGAGGAUGAGUGUUUCCGCUGUGGGGACGGCGGCCAGCUGGUGCUGUGUGACCGCAAAUCCUGCACCAAGGCCUACCACCUGUCGUGCCUGGGCCUGGGCAAACGGCCCUUCGGGAAGUGGGAAUGUCCUUGGCACCACUGUGACGUGUGUGGCAGACCUUCCACGUCAUUCUGCCACUUCUGCCCCAACUCAUUCUGCAAGGAGCACCAGGACGGGGCGGCCCUCGGCUCCACGCGGGACGGGCGGCCAUGCUGCUGCGAGCAUGACCUGGGGGCCGUGUCGGCCCGGAGCGCCCAGACUGGGAAACCCUUUCCGGAACCCAGCAAGUCCAAGGGGAAGAGGAAGAGAAGGAGGUGCUGGCGGAGGGUCACGGAAGGCAAAUAG